AUGGCAAAGGCAGCGAAACCACUGAAGCCCAGCAAGGCGGCGAAGCAACAACGCAAGCAGCUGGAGAGCGUCAACCCCUUUGCAGACUCGUCUCUUUUCGCCAAAAGCCAGCAGUACAUCAAGGAUGCACCGGAUGCGAGACCCUUUGAAGAUAUGUCCUAUAUUAUCGUUGGCGUCUUGGGAUUCUUCAUCUGGAGACUUUCCGUCGCUGUCACCAGCGGACAUGAAGGGGCGAUUGGCGUAUGGAGCCUGUUCUCAUUCGGCUCUGUGGUGAUUAUCAACGUCUGGACCUUCUUCUUGGUCAUGGUCUCGGCGAAACGUCGUGGCGACAUUGGUAUCCUCCGGAUCGUGGACUCGGACAUCUUGCGCUUCACGGCCCUCUCGGGUCUCUUCGGCGCCUGGGCAGCGACCCUUUUGUUCAGAUAUAGACCUGCGGACAAGACUUACUUCCCCAAGAUCAUCGGCUUGACCGUCGCCAAUAUCUUCUGGGUCAUUAUCUAUGUCAGGUAUUAUCUUUGA